AUAUAAACUCCGAAGUAACGCAGGAAAGCAUCACUGGAAGUGGCUCAGCAUGGCAAAAUCUUGCUCCGAAUCCAAAUCGCGUUUGACUCGGGUACGGUUAAAAACUGCCAAACCACGGAGCCUUCAGCAGCGAGCUGUUCUGUCCUGGAAAUAAAUUUAAUUAGCUUGUAAAAAGUCAGACGUUGCUUAAAGACUUCUUUAAAGUGGUAGUCUGAUGUAAUAAAGUAACAGUUGAGACCAUAAAUAUCGAAUACAGUUGGAGCAAGCACACAGAGCAGAGAACUGUGAGUAAUCUUUAAAUCGCAGCACUACCCAGGGACACGGGCCAUCCAUCCCCUCUGUCACAGCUCGCGCAGAAGGCAGGUUUUGCCCUUGAUCAAGAUAACCAUAUUUCAAGGAAAUGGCAUGCUAUUUUGCAGGGAAUUAUGAUUCAUUUGACUGUGUUAACAGUGUGUUUUGCGUGGUUUCCUCUCUCCCCAUCUUUCGAUUCAUUCAUAUACAUUAUUUAUAAAGAAAUGCAAACACACUUUCUCCCCUGGUUUAAUACAUCAUGACCUCCUUCUGAAAAAAAUCCUACACAUAAUCUAUACGUGUUAUUAAGUAUGAAAAACGUACAACAAUGAGCAUGUCACUGUCAUCUUUUGUUGCCCCUAAUUAGUUCUGGGAUAACCCUUCUAGCGCCAAGAGAAACCAGAUUAGAACUUGUCUGUCAAGACUGAGGUUUAUUUUAUGCAACAUGUGUAAUAUCUGAGCAACCAAUGUCAUAAUUAUCAAAAUGAUUACCCUAUCAGUCAGCAGCUCAUUUGGCCAGAAGACCUUUACAUCUUUUUGCUGAUUACGUACUUUCUGAAGCAAAGACAAAUGGUAAUAACUAACACUAGUGCAUCUGGGUAUAAGGGCAAAUAACUAUUGCAAUACUCAGUAUGCGUUGGACCAGCCCAACGUAGGUCUACUGUCAAAAAAAUGGACGCUCAAUAUGAAUUGAAUAAUAUUAGACUAAAUUUUGUAUCUACCUCCUGUUUUUUAAUUCUACUAUUUAGAAUGCUGGCAAGAAAAAUGAUCUUUUGAUCGAGACUCAGUUAUUUCCCCUCUUCUUGUUCCUUCCCUGAAGGAAAUCUUCAUGGUGGGUCAGUGGGCAGCAACAGAAUAGAGCAUAAUGAAGCGAAUAGAAAUUUUUAAUUUCAGGUAGCUGAAUCUCAGUAACAACCAGAUCAUAAGAUCUGUAUUUAGUCUUUACCAUGCAGAGUGCAGUUAAACUUGUUCAUACAAAUGUAACACACUGAGUUUACAGCUCCGACAGUGUCACCGAAGCAGACAACUUCAUGCGUGAGCGGGCAGGAGGAGUAACUGGCGCAGUCCAAGGCAGCCAGUUAGAGCAGAGCGCAUUUUUAAGGGGAGUUCUCUUCUGGUUUGAUUGAGUCCAUGCGCCCAUGUAGACGCACGUUAGAAACCACUUGAGAUCAGUUUGUUGCUGGGAGAUGAGAUGCACCGAUAAAUUGGUACCUUGUCAUUUUGUGGAUUGGAAAGCAUGGACAAACCUUAAGAUUUCCCCUCCUCACUGGCUGUGUUUAUAUUUCGUUUCUUUUCCAAAACGGAUGCGGAUGCAGUAAUAAAGGGAUUUAUCUCUGGGCGCACACUGGAACAGGGCAGACAGCUAGCGGUUCCCUGGACCACAGGACUAGGGAGCAUAACCGGGCUGCUGCUGGUUCAGUACACACAAUUUUACAAUGUAAAGAGUUCUUAAAUGAUCAUGAAAGUGUGGUUCACUGUUCAAACAUGUUUGAAGACUGUAACCUUUGUGCUCGUGACCAAUUGGUACAUUACUCAUAGUUGUUCCACCCACAGGCUUGGCACUGAACAGUACACCCUCAUAAGUACCAUUUGUGUAUUAUCAAGUUGAUAAAAGCCAGCAUGUAUUUGUACAGAGCUUUUACUUACUCUUCAUAGCGCAAAGCUGCUUCUUCCCCUUCCUUCUCCUUUGUGCUUCAUCUCACGGAGGAAGAAAAACAUCUUACUGACAAAAAUUGGCAUCACGGAAGACAGGGAAUUCCAGCUUUAAAGGCUUACUAGAGAACGCCACGGCACCAAUGGGCCUCCAGAGCACCAAACACUCCAAAGUCAAGCAAGCUAACAUACUGAUCUUAGGACUUGAUUAUGCGGGAAAAUCUACACUGUUGUACAAGUUCAAGUAUAAUGAUGUUUUUCUAACAAUUCCAACAGUUGGUUUUAAUGUUGAUAUGAUUGAAACCGAGAAAGAUUUUACACUGACGUUUUGGGAUGUUGGAGGACAACAGAAAAUGAGAAAAGUUUGGUGCAAUUUCCUGGAAAACACAGACGGACUGCUGUAUGUUGUGGACAGCUCUGAUAAGCAACGUCUGGAGGAAUCAAAGAAAGAAUUUGAACUCAUUUUAAAGAAUGAAUUUAUAAAAAGCGUACCAGUUGUCGUGCUAGCGAACAAGCAGGAUUUGCCUGGAGCUUUGAACGCUGAGGAAAUAACCAGGAGACUGAAGAUGAAGAAAUACUGCAGUGACAGAAAUUGGUAUGUACAACCCUGUUGUGCUAUCACAGGAGAAGGUUUGUCAGAAGCUCUCCAAAGACUAACCACAUUUGCAAAACACUACAGCAGAUCAAAGGAGACUUCUACAAUCUUCAAGGAAAUCGAAACACUUUAAGAAUUUCUAGCAUCAAAGUCUGGUGAACGUUAAUCAACAUACUUUGUUGGACAGACUAAAUCUGAAAAUACUGGAUUCUGGAGAACUCUUAUAAGUAAAUAUUUAUAAAGAACUUUGGCAAUAUGAAAUUAUACUGUUAUACCUGCAGGUGCUUCUGAGGUACUACUCUGCAGCAUUUUAUUAGUGAUAGUAUACUUGGGGUUAUUCAGCUCAGAAGUGUGGCUGUUGAAUAAUGAAAAAGGUGGAGCUGAGCUUCUGAAUUUUAGCAGUUGGAAACAAAAUAGGUGAGCAGUGCUUAAAAUCAAAUCAUUUUGUCCAGAUGUAAACUAGCCAAGUCGUUUGUUCAGCAAGAAAAGCGAGAGAUAAAAUGUUGUUUUGUGAUAAAUGCUCUGUGGACGCAUUUCUCAUGUAAAAAUGUCGUUGUUUUAGACCUUAAACUCUUAGUUCUGUACAAGAGAACCUAUGAAUCUGAAA